AUGAGCUCGCCGCAGAAGAAGACCGCCGCCGCAACAGAGGGUAACCUCUCUGUUGCUCAAUACCAUGAGCGCCAGCAGGCAAAGCGCGACGCGCUCGCUGCAAAGGCCGCGUCGGGGACAACUCAGUCGGAGAUUGUUCUCGAAGGUUCCUCUGUAGUCAACGACGCCGUUGACUAUGGGAGUGACGACGAAGAGAUGGAAGAGGGCGAGGCCUCUUCCAACAAGCGCAAGGAGUCUAUCGACAGUGAUAGUCUCGACCCGCAUGCCGGGUCGAGACGCCCUCGUGAAGGAGACGACUCGGACGCUUCGAGCUCGAAGCGUUCGCGCGGCGAGAGCGAAACUCCGCUCUCCGCUGCUGGGGCUUUAAGCUCCCCGCGUGAGGUGUCGUCUUCAAGUUUUCCGCGCGCUGCUCAGGCAGCGCGCGAUCCGUGGACGCCGUCUGCGUCAGAGAUCGCAGACCGUGUGGGCAACACCGUGCCUCCAAAUGAAAUUCCGCUGUACGUAUGCAGCGGGAUCCACGAUGAUGCUGUGGCGGAGGACAAGAAGACCUCUUCUCGCAGCAAAGUGCCUAAGUGGCAGGCACUUUGUCAAAGUUGGAAUGCUUUUGUUGAGAACUUCAAGAAGAAGCCGGCUGCUUACCGUGAGCGGGUUAAGCAUGCCCGUGAGCGCUUCGAGACAUUCUCGACGCGCGGGAGGCUGGAGCAGCUCCACAGAUCCUCUGUGGACGCUGGUAUUCCGUGCGCUGUGCCCGAAGGCCAUCAGUGCACGUUGUGUCUUCCGGGUGCGGUGCGCUUGAGCGACCGCGACCUAAACCGGUACACGACGAUUCGUGUACCUGAGAGUCUCAAGGAUCUCCGUGCCAAGUUCUUGGCACGCGAGGAACGCGACGAUCGUGGGACCUCGGGCGAGUAG